AUGUUUGCGGGCCGGGUCAAGAUCUUUGCGUCGGCCCACCCAGAGGCUCCGACACAAAAGGAAGGCGUUGCAAUCGUCCUGAACAAGAAGAUAGUCAGCGCGGACAACACAACGUGCAGAGAAAUCGUACCGGGAAGGGCGCUACAACUGACGAUGCCAUGGAGAGGCGGGGAAGUAAGGCAGAUCUUGUGUGUGUACGCGCUGACGUCAGAUGGGGUUGCGGAGAGGAAGGCCUUCUUUGUAAAGCUGAGAGACUUCUACGAAAACAAUCCGGAAGUCCCGAAACCGCACCUAAUGGCGGGAGACUUCAACAAUGUAGAAGACCAGAUAGACAGGAUUCCGGUGGCAGAGGCGGCAAGAGAUGCCUCAGUCGACGAGCUGGACAACCUCAAGUGUGCACUAGGACUAAUGGAGCGCGAUGGAUGGAGAGCGACGUACCCGAGUGGAAGAGACUACACGUUCCAGAGAAAAUGCGGGGACAGAGUCCAGAUGUCGAGGCUAGAUAGGAUAUACGUUACAGCAGACCUGAUGAGAUGGGCUAGAGAGUGGGCAAGCGUACCAGUGGGAGUGAAAACGGACCAUAGUAUGGUGUCUGUCCUCCUAACGGCACCGAACGAGCCGGAGGUAGGGAAAGGGAGGCCCCUCUUCCCGUUGCACCUCCUGAAAGACAAGACCCUGGCGAAGAAGAUGAAGGAAAGUGGCCACAGCGCCAUCAGAGAACUCAAGAACAUACAACAGAUGGGGAGAACUCACGAACGCAAUCCGCAAACAGUACUGAGCAACCUGAAGAAAGAAUGGAUGAGCGAAGCCCGAGAACGUGAGAAGAGAAUAGUACCGAAACUC